CAAUACUAACGCCGCAGUAGGGCAAACUCCAAGAUGGCAGCACCCAGUGAAACUGUAUUGCCUCAGGCUCAGGCUCAUUUGCCUGUUGUAAUUUCUGCCAAAACGAGUAAAAAGCACUUUUCCGGUGGUAAAGGAAUAAAACGAGUAUCACAAAUUCCAGAAGAAAUCUUGAAUGAUGAAGAACUGCAAAAAGCUAUUUUACAGCUACCACCCAACUACAACUUUGAAAUUCCCAAGACAAUAUGGAAAAUAAAACGAACAGGUUCACGUAAAGUGGCAUUGCAGUUCCCUGAGGGUUUGCUGAUGUUUGCCUGUACCAUUGCCGACAUUAUUGAGAAGUUUUCAGGAGCAGAGACCUUGGUGAUGGCUGAUGUUACGUACGGAGCAUGUUGUGUGGAUGACUACACAGCCCGAGCGCUUGGUGCAGAUCUCAUGGUACACUACGGGCACAGUUGUCUAAUCACGGUGGAUCAAACGUCAGGGAUCAACAUGCUCUACGUAUUUGUUGACAUAAAAAUUGAUACCCUGCAUUUCGUGGAGACCGUGCGACACAACUUUCCGUGCAAGUCGCGGCUAGUGCUAGUGAGCACGAUCCAAUUUGUUGCAGCAUUGCAGAGUGUCAAAGAGGAUCUGUCAGAGGACUACACUGUGCAAAUACCUCAAUGCAAGCCACUGUCUCCAGGGGAGAUCCUUGGCUGUACCUCUCCACUUGUACCAGAUGCUGAUGCUAUUAUCUACUUGGGUGACGGAAGAUUUCAUCUGGAAUCCAUCAUGAUAGCCAAUCCUUCAAUAUCUGCUUAUAGGUAUGAUCCAUACAACAAAGAGUUUUUGGUGGAACAUUAUGAUCAUGCGCAGAUGCUGAAAAACCGCAUGACAGCCAUCACCCAGUCUCGAUCUGCCAAGAAAUUCGGCAUUAUUCUUGGAACGCUUGGCAGGCAGGGUUCACCAAAGAUAAUGGAGCAUCUCAAGAAAACACUGGACAGCAGAGGUAUUGAUCACGUCACUGUGCUGCUCUCGGAGAUAUUCCCCGACAAGCUCCGGCAGUUUAGAGACAUCGAUGCCUGGGUGCAGGUCGCAUGUCCAAGACUCUCCAUAGAUUGGGGCACUGCCUUCUCAAAACCUCUGCUCACACCGUACGAGGCAUCAGUGGCACUGUCAGAGGUGGCCUGGCACGACAGGUAUCCGAUGGACUUUUACUCAAAUAACAGUCUUGGCCCGUGGACUCCAAACCAUCCCACACAUAAACCUCCACAUUUGGUCACCAAGCACCGUAUUCGGCCUAGAAAAACUGGCAUGGAAACGGAGGAUAAAACCGCAGUGAAAGAGACACCAGUAGCCGUGGAGAACAUCGCAAAUGUUGUUAUUUCAGAGUCUAUAGAGGUGAAUAAUGGUUGUAAAAAAUGUGAAAAUUGUAACUGCAACAACACCACUUAGUUAGUUGGAAUCUAUAUUCCAGAAUAAAUAAUGGAAUAUACAUGAUUUCCAUACCAUUAUGUUGAUCCUAUUACGUUUUAGUAAUAAAUGCUAUCAAGAUUUAUAUCAAUUUAAAAA